AUGCUCGGAGCGUGUUCUGCGCAGCUUUUCACCUGGCCAGUGUCAUCCUACAGUCCCUACCACGAACGAUACUUCACAACAGCUAUAGCUCCAGCUGCAGCUCCAGUAGCUGUUGCCUAUCCAGCAGUAGCACAGGGUACGAUUGCUAUUACUCCAUCGCUCAGUGCUCCACUUUCAAGUGGUCCCCUAUUCAGUGCUCCAACAUAUAAAGCUGCUCCCGUGGUAGCGGCGACGUUUGCCGCUCCUCCUGUGGCUGUUCCUCCGGCUGUUCUACCGGCAUUCCAACCUACCACUUACCUUAUAAGUUCCAAAAAAACAGUUUAG